GUGUCUGUUAGCACCACGGGCCUUUCUCCACGUACGGAGAGGCACCAGGAAACUUCCCUCAGCCUUUUCUAACGCUCUCGAAGGCUGUGCACUUACAUCUUAUUACUUCCCUGGACGGAAACAAGGCUGUUUAGGUACCCAGCAAAUACUGCUGCGCUCGCAAGCUAUUGCCAUUGGCCAAGUCCGUAUGCGUGCAUUUUCCGCAAAAGUGAUUCGGCUUCAAGAUGCUUCCAAAUACACUCUUGAACACUCUGCUCCUCGCCGCGAGCACAGCUGCACAGUUUGCGCCUCUUCACACCUCCUCAAGAUGGAUUCUCGAUUCCAAUAACAAGCGUUUCAAACUACGCUGCCUCAAUUGGGCCGGUCAUAUGGAAGCUCACCUCCCCGAAGGCUUGCAACAUCAACCUGUCGACACGCUCGCGAAAUGGGUCGCAGACCAGGGCUUCAAUUGCGUGCGGCUUACCUUCAGCAUCGAUAUGGCCUUGGACCAAGGCCUCAGAGUAUCCGACUCCUUCUCCACGCUUGCAGCGCGCACAGGUGCGCCUGCCGACGCAGUGACCGAUCUCUGGUCCCGCGUGAAAACCAAGAACUCCUGGAUCGAAACCAUCUCCGUCGGCGAAGCCUUCGGUCAUGUCGUGGACGCGCUGGGCAGCGCGGGCCUGCGCGUCAUACUCGACAACCACGUCAGCAAAGCGUCGUGGUGCUGCAACCUCGAAGACGGCAACGGCUGGUGGGACGAAGCGCCCGGCUACGUCGACUCCAACUCGCGCUUCUUCAACACGACAAACUGGGUGGCCGGGCUACGCGCAAUGGCGCAAUUCUCUGCGAACCACCCUGCCGUUGCGGGCAUCGGCCUACGCAACGAGAUCCGCGAGAUCCCCGUCAUCCAGGGCCGAGACGCGUGGUACGACUACAUUGUAAAGGGUGCGCAUGCCGUGCAUGACACAAACCCGGACCUGCUCAUUGCGAUGGGUGGCACCCUGUCCAGCACUGACAUCUCGUUCCUGCGCACCAGGCCGCUCGACCGGGCUCCCUUCGGCGACAAAAUUGUCUACGAGUGGCACCACUACACUUUCACCCCGAACUGGAUCGCGUCAUUCAAAUCGUGCAGCAUCUGGAAGAGCGUCACGGUGGGUGGGACCUCGGGCUUUCUGCUGCAGCAAGGCAAGGACUAUACCGGUCCGCUUUGGCUAAGCGAAUUUGGGUUCAGCCAGGCGGGUGGGCCGCCCGAACGGCAUGGCAUCGAGACGCAAGAGGAUUAUGAUUACUUGACAUGUCUUGUGGACUAUGUGAAGGGGAACGAUGGGGAUUGGGCGCUGUGGGCGAUUCAGGGGAGUUAUUAUGUGAGGGAUGGAACGGUAGAUAAGGAUGAGAGUUGGGGCGUGUUGAAGAGUGAUUUCUCGGAUUGGAGGAAUCCGGGGGUAAGGGAUGUUAUUGCGGAUUUGUUCAAAGUUACACAGGGGCCUUGAGGGUUGGAGAAAAUCGAAUGAUCUUGCAUAUACAUUUGGCCGGACUGGAGAACACCAAUAAGGCUGAAAACAUCGAGAUACC